AUGAAUAAACUUCUCAAAGGAAGAGUUUUCUUUUCUCAAAAAUCUGCCGAUCUUCCUUACAAACUGAAAGUUUGCAAGGGAGGUAGAAAGGGUGGUGACAGGAGGAAAGCUGUAGCAAAAUCAGUGAAAGUUGGUUUAAGAUUCCCAGUUGGAACAAUGGCUUGCCUUGUUGAACGGGUUGGAUCCGGUGCUCCUGUUUAUCUCGCUGCUUUUCUUGAGUAUCUCGUGUUGCUGACGUUUUGGAAUAAGCUGGGAAAUGCUGCAAAAGAUAACAAGAAGUCAAGAAUCAUUCCAAGGCAUCUGUUGUUGCCGAUGAUGAACGAUCAAGAGUUGCUGGUGUUUCACUAUUGCUAG